ACCUGCCCUGGAAUUGGUCUCCAGCAGGUCAGCGAGCAGCGCCAGCCCUUGGCAAGUCCGUGGCUCCCUCUGGCUCCCCCAGUCAUGUCCUGGCUACUCUCUCCAGUGAUGGUGCUCUUCGUGCCCCUGGCCGUGAUUCUGCACUAUGGCAGUCAAGCAAGAGCAAUAGGCGUUCCAGGAGUCACAGGCUCUUCUCAGCCCACGAGGGCAGCAACGGUGCAGGCCACAGCAGAACCUUCUUUUCUGCAGCCAACUAACCAAGAGCCUCACAAAACUACAGCAGCAAGAUCAACCAGUGAUCACAUCACCUCUCAAACAGUUGCCACAACCUCCAACCCUGAGAUCUCAACCACACACACAACAUUACAAACUCUAACAGCAACCUCCUUGAUAACUACAAACAGCACCCCAUCCACCAGCCCAAUAACCCACACCCCGUUCACAACCCAGGCCACACCCAACAACUCGCACACGGCGGCUCCAGUCACUGAGGCUACAGUCGGCCCCAGCGCAGCUCCCGCUUCACCGCCACCCACCAUCACUCCACCAGCCCAUACAAUGGGAACCAGCCCAUCGACUGUCAGCCACACAACUGGGAAGACCAUCCCACCCAGUAACCAGACCACCCUUCCUGCAACUUUGCCCACCUCACCACAUACCAGCACAACCAGUCAGAAGCCCAGUCAACCCAGCCAUGCCCCAGAAACAACCACAGCCGCACACAAUGCCACCCCAACUGCCUCACCUGCCACCAUGGCUCCUGGGCCCACCCUUGCGCCUCAGCCAUCAUCAGCCAAGAUUGGAAUUUAUCAAGUCCUAAACGGAAGCAGGCUCUGUAUCAAAGCAGAGAUGGGGAUAGAGCUGACGGUUCAAGAAAAGCAGUCGGUUUUUUCACCUCAGCGAUACUUCAGCAUCGACCCCAAUGCAACCCAAGCCUCUGGGAAUUGUGGCUUCCUAAAUUCCAACCUCCUCUUGAAUUUCCAGGGCGGAUUUGUGAACUUCACAUUCACCAAGGGUGAAAACUCCUAUUAUAUCAGUGAAGUGGAAGCCUAUUUGACCACCUCAAAUCCAGAGAAACGUUACCAUGGAAUGAAAAGUGGUGUGAUGCUGUUUGAGACUGUGACCGGGCAUUCCUUCAAGUGUGUGAGUGAACAGAGCAUUCAGCUGUCAGCUUGCCUGCAACUGAAAACAAUGAAUGUGCAACUUCAAGCCUUUGAUUUCGAAGAUGACCACUUUGGAAAUGAAGAUGAAUGCUUCAGUGACAGAAACAGGAGAGAAAUGCCUGUGGCCGUGGGCCUGAGUGUCGCAGGACUGCUUGUCAUUUUGCUAACAGCAUGCCUGGUGGCCAGAAAGAGGCCCAGUAGAGGAUAUGAACGCAUGUAAAGCCCCAGCUUCUUCAGCAUGUGCAAGGUUAAAAACUUGGGGAUUCUGGCUUCAUAUUCAUCCUAAAGUGAAGGGGUCAACGUUUCUAGUUGCCUGUCCCACCCUCCCAAUCUGUUAGGAAACCCAGCAAUUCCAAAGGCUGGUUAAAACGUAGUCCCUUCUACUUUCUCCUGUUAGUGUGAGGAGGCCGAGUCAUGUGGGCUUGAAUUCCAUCCUGCACAUCUGAUAAUAGUGGGCUGGCUGUGGAUAAGAGGAGCAAGAGGCAGGGCCGUGAGUUGGGUGCUUGUGAGGACAAAGCAAAUGCCCAAAGGGAGAAUUGUGGGAAAGACAUUUUCAAUUGCACUGAUCUUUCUUAUACAUUUUUAAGGGUUUCAAUAUCCAGUCUUUAAAAAAAAAAAUUCAAGAUACAUUCUAAAGUGAUUUUAAACUCCUAAAUUAUGCCCAAAUUUUGAUUGACUUAAAUUACAGGUGGUUUUACUA